CGCGCCGUGACUCGGCUGGGGCGACGGCGGCGCGGGCCGGGAUGGAGUGAGGGGGCGAGCGGCGGAGAGAGCGCAGCCCACCGAGCUCCGGCCCCCUCCCCCUUGCUCUCUCUGGCCCGGGCCUAUGCGGCCCCCCAGAGACCAUGGGAUCCAGGAUCAAACAAAAUCCAGAAACUACCUUUGAAGUGUAUGCAGAAGUAACCUAUUCAGGAAUCAGUUGCAUUGGGAAAGAUCCUGAGGUGCGGAGGCAAUUCCCAGAGGACUACAGUGACCAGGAAGUUCUACAGACUUUGACCAAGUUUUGUUUCCCCUUCUAUGUGGACAGCCAUGCAGUUAACCAAGUUGGGCAGAACUUUACAUUUGUGCUUACAGACAUUGACAGCAAACAGAGGUUUGGAUUCUGUCGCUUAUCUUCUGGGGCCAAGAGCUGCUUCUGUAUCUUAAGUUACCUCCCAUGGUUUGAAGUCUUUUAUAAGCUGCUCAAUGUCUUGGCAGAUUAUUCAGCAAAAGGACAGGAUAGUCAAAGGAGUGAGCUCCUAGAAACAUUUCAUAAACUUACCAUCCCUGAGCCAGGAACCUCUGUUCAUCUUGGAGUGCACUCUUACUUUACUGUGCCUGACGUCAGAGAGCUUCCUAGUAUACCUGAAAAUAGAAAUCUGACAGAGUAUUUUGUAGCAGUUGAUGUCAACAACAUGCUGCAUCUCUAUGCCAGUAUGCUGUACGAACGCCGCAUCCUCAUUUGUUGUAGUAAGCUGAGCACUUUAACUGCCUGCAUUCAUGGGUCUGCAGCUAUGCUCUACCCGAUGUUCUGGCAGCAUGUCUACAUUCCUGUUCUGCCCCCACAUCUAUUGGACUACUGUUGUGCCCCGAUGCCCUACCUCAUUGGAAUACAUUUAAGUUUGAUGGAGAAAGUACGAAACAUGGCCCUGGAAGAUGUAGUGAUUCUUAAUGUAGACACCAACACACUGGAAACCCCUUUUGAUGACCUUCAGAGCCUUCCUAACGAUGUGGUUUCUGCACUGAAGAACAGAUUGAAGAAAGUCUCUACAACCACUGGAGAUGGUGUUGCGAGGGCGUUUCUAAAAGCACAAGCAUCUUUCUUUGGGAGCUACAGAAACGCCUUGAAAAUUGAACCUGGUGAACCCAUCACUUUUUGUGAAGAAACAUUUGUGUCCCAUCGUUCUGCUGUCAUGAGGCAGUUUCUCCAGAAUGCCAUUCAGCUCCAGCUCUUUAAGCAGUUCAUUGAUGGACGCCUGGAUCUUCUGAACUCUGGAGAAGGCUUCAGUGAUGUUUUUGAAGAAGAGAUAAAUAUGGGAGAAUAUGCAGGUAGCGACAAAUUGUACCACCAGUGGCUCUCUACAGUGAGGAAAGGAAGUGGAGCCAUUUUAAAUACAGUAAAGACCAAGGCUAACCCUGCCAUGAAGACUGUCUAUAAGUUUGCAAAAGAUCAUGCAAAAAUGGGAAUAAAAGAAGUGAAAAACCGCUUGAAGCAAAAGGACAUUGCUGAGAAUGGGUGUUCUGCAACACCAGAGGAAUCCCUGCCAAGGACAGCGCCGUCUCCAUUGGUUGAAAAGAAGGACCCUAAAUUAAGAGAAGACAGAAGACCAAUCACAGUACAUUUUGGUCAGCAGCAAAGACUCCGUCCGCCUCGGCCACCGCCUCCAAAGAUACAGCGUUCAUCUAGGCCCGUUCGCCCGCCAAGACCUCAUGUUGUUAAGAGACCCAAGAGCAAUAUUGCUGUGGAAGGACGAAGGACUUCUGUUUCUAGUCCAGAACACCUUGUAAAGCCAAUGCGACACUAUACGGUCUUCCUCUCUGAGGACUCUUCUGAUGAUGAAUUUCAGCAGGAAGAGGAUCCUGUCUCUGGCUUCUCUGAAAACUUUUUCUUCUCUGCUCCUUUUGAAUGGCCUCAGCCAUACCGGGCCCUGAAAGAGUCUGACAGUGCUGAUGGGGAAGAGGCGGUCAGUCCAGAAAAAUCAAAAGAGCCUCUGCCUCCCAGCCCUCUGCUCUCAAGCAAGUCCACAGAAAUCAACCUCCUUGAAGACAUUUUCCCUAACUUAGAAGUAGAAACGCAACCUCAGCCUCUCAGCCAAGCUAAGAGCCUAGAAGACCUGCGGACUCCCAAAGAAGAGGGAGAUCAGCGAUGCACAUUUGAUUACCAGAGAAUGGAUCUUGGUGUGUCUGAGAACAACAGGAUUGUGCCAACCAUGAAGCUGUCUCACCCUUACAACAAGCUGUGGAGUAUGGGUCAGGAUGACAUGGCUAUUCCUACCAAGUAUUCCCAAAGCUCACCGGAAAGGCCCUUGACUGCGCUUGGUAACACAUGGAGACCCCGGAGCAAAGACAGCAUUCUGGCUCCAGCAGAAAAGGACGAACGAAAUCCUGCCAUGCAAGGGAACAUCACCAUUCCUAGGCCGCAGGGAAGAAAGACUCCUGAACUGGGAAUAGUGCCGCCACCACCAGCGCCCAGGGCUUCCAAGCAUCAGACUCCAGCUGGGCCAACAGAAAUUCUCACCACUCACGCUACAGGACAUAGCCAUUUGGUUUCAGAUCUUAUGCCAGAGCCGUUUGGAGUUGGUAGUGUGUCCUUAGACCCUGAAAUCCAGCAGUCUGUAAAUUAUUCCUCUCAUCCAUCUCAGCUUUUGUCCAGUGCUACCAGCACUGCUGAGAUGCUCCAGCCUGUCAAAGUGAAGACAGAUAAUACAGGUAACGAAAGCGACUACCUUCUUAAUCUCCUGGAUCCAUUGAAAACAGCCAGCUGGCAAAGCAGUGGCCCACAGCAAGGUCCCCGCAGCCUGCAAAGCUCAGCCACUCCACCUUCCGCAGCUAGCUUUGUCUCGGUGGCAAGUGAUUUUGUGUCUCCUCCAGCUGCACCGUUUGUUCAGCCACUUGGUUACCCUUCCCCAGCACCACCGCAUUUUUUACAGCCAUCUCCUAACCCUUUUACACAAACGGUGCCAGGAGCCCUGUCAGUGUCUCUCAUGACACCCCCAAGGGGCUCUUUCGCCCCCUCUCUAGGUCAUGCUUAUAGCUCUAGCUUCAUAACACCUAAUUCUAGCUUCUACCCACCACAAAGACCUCAGCCAAACAUUUCAACACUAUCCAUGCCAAACUUAUUCAGCCAGGCUCCAGCUGUGUCACCAGCUGGGUCCUUAUUGCUGCAGAGUCACAGCCCUUCUCCAACAAGCUCCCUGCAGCCAGCAUGUUUAAGUGGUCCUUCUAAAACCAGAACAUUACAGGUGGGCCAGUCCAGCUCAAAGGUAGAUCCCAAACAAACGCUAACGCUCCUGUCUAAUGAACCCCCUUUGAUCCCUUCCAGGCCAGCUAAGGGCUUAGAGUCAGUGUUACUGUCCUCAAAAUCUGAGGAGACAAAAGAUCCAUUUGAAGAUUUGUUAAAAAAGACAAAGCAAGAUGUGUCAUCCACACCAGGUAAGGUUGAACAGCUCAGAAAACGAUGGGAAACCUUUGAGUAACGCUUGUGAUGGCCUUUUGAUGUCCCUUUGGAAUUGACAGAGGGGUUUUUUGGUUUUUUUUGAGCCAGCAUAAAACCAAGCAUUUCUUUUAUGGAAGGCUGAGCCAGGAUAGCUGCAGGACCAUCACCGUGCUGCAAUUCACACAUGAGUGCUUUUUUCCCAGAGUUAGGAGUCCCCCGUUGUCCUCAUCCUUCACUCUCCACCACUGAAAACGCCUGUGGCUCUUGCAUUGACCAAAGCAUAAAGGUAGUUGGGGUUUGGGUUUGGUUUGGUUUGGUUUGUCACACGCAGCACUACUGAUGCAGAAGUUACUCCUUCCCUAAUAUUUCCAGUCCUUAGCACCGCCGGGAGCAUAGCACGGCGCAUUGUACUGGUUUUCCCGCCUGUGGGAAUGGUGGUCAGUUUUUCUUGUAUUAUACAUACAGCUACAUCAUGUUUUGCUUUCACGUGUAAAAUGCAGCAAACAAACCUGGACUUGUGGGUGGCACUGAAUUACACUCUGAGUUAGUCCUGUCUUGAACUACAGACAUUCAUUUAGGUUGCACUCUGGGCUGAGCUUUUGUUGCAGGUUUUUGAUUUCCUCCCCCGUACACUGACACUGAGAGGUGAUAGGGACCUCUGGUGCAGAACUGUCAUAAUUCCUUCUUGCAACAAAACUGUAGCACAGGGCAGUUGCUCAGGGCUUGGUCCUGCAUCUCUUUUGGGAAACUGGAAACACCAGCAAUUGAUUUUCUUAUUUUUUGCUUUUGUUUAUUUGUUUUUGUUAAAUACAUCAGAAAAUAGAGGCCAUAAAGAGUAUCCUAGUUCUUAUAUAUGUGUGUUAAUAUUAUAUAUAAAUACUAUAGAUGGCAGUAUCUGAAUGGGAUGUAACAAUAUCUUACUUCAUUAUUAAAAACAAAAAAAAAGAAAAAAAAGAGGUCUAAAAGUUGCCAGCUCCUGAGUUCAGAUGAAAUGCCAGCAUGCUGGGACAAUGACCCGGGUGCAGAUAGACCCAGCAGCAGCACUCGGCUCUGCGGGCAGAGGCCAGGCUCAGUGGAGCUGAGGAAGUGUUGUGACGCUGGGAGGCCACUGUGUGACAGCUGCCUGUCCCUGCUGGGCAGCAGAAGGGCUGACUGCUGCUGUGGUGCACCGGGAUUUCAUCCUGGGCGCCUUCAGCCUGGCUGAAACCCACAGUCUUUCUCCCACUGUUGGCGAGAACCCUUUGCAGGUAGAACAGGACGUUAGCUGGACCGUGACGUGGACUGCCGGGUCACGCAGUACAAAAUGCAAUGGAAAGGUUCAAGGGUACGUUCAGUCUGGUUUUCUAAGACACUUAUCUGUGGCAAUAGUAGUCUCAAGAAAUUUCAUCUUAAUCUUGGCAUCCCUUAUAAAACCUGCUGUCUUUGCAGUGAUCAUUUUUGUUUUACUUAAGUGGUGCUUUUUUGAUUUUGGGUUGUGUUGUUUGGGGGUUUUUUGUAUUUAGGCACAAUCUGAUGUAAAACAUGUUACUCUAGAAGAGGUAAUCACAUCACCAUUAAGCCUUUGAUAAAGGAAAUCAUUUUGGACACAUGGGGAAAUUCUUGUAAAGCUUUAUCUGAUUUCCAAUGUAUCUAUUUUAUUCAUAUAAUCUGGGAAGUUUUCUUACUCUAGUGUAUGAAAAUGGCUGUCUAUGCGUUUGAGUCUGUGCAAUACAAAAGAAAAACACAAUAUCUGAAAUGCCAACAGUUUGGGAAAGACCAUAGUAUUACAUUAAUAUUACAUUUCUGUAAAGUACUGUUACUCUGACAAGCCAUUCAGUUCGAUUUGUAUUUUCUUUUUGUGUUGGAACACAGAUGGUUUUAGUAUUGCAUAGUAAAAUAUUUAAAGUCUAAGCUAAUAGCUCCAUUUUAUUUUAUACAGUUCAGAAUAUGAACAUUAUAUAUAAAUUCAGUCUGGAAUUUCAGCUCUCCUUUGCUAUGAGCUAGAUAAAACUUUCUUGACUAUGAUGGAUAUGUCCAGGGACCAGAACGUUCUGCGUAUGACAUGCCAUUUGAAUUUCACAUGCUCUUUUUUACAAUUUGUAAUGGCACACACUGAUUAGAUGCUGAGUAGACCGAUUACACCUGCUUAACUAAAUAGAAAAAUGCUCAGGUAAUUCUCUGUCACUGCAAAUCAUCUUGCAUUGCUGAUUAUUUUGCUCUGCCCGUGUUAUGGAAUAUUAUAUGCAGUUGAUUUUUUUUUUUGACAAACAAGCACUCUUGGAUUAUUUUUAAGUCAGUUUUGAGACACUGAAAAGUACGAACACUUAAGACAAAUGGCAUUAAUCGCCCUUGAAGGCGAGGCUGUACACACCUCUCAGAUCCAGGAGUACAAGGCAGCAGCUCCUGGAGCGUGUGACCUUCCUCACUUCUUGAAUAGCAUUUGCAAGCAAGAGACUGGUUUACGUGCUUCUCAUAAUAAAGGAAUCAAACUAUCCCUAGGGCAGGAGUUACAUUUUUUUUUUGGUCUUAUUUAAACUCAGGAAUUUCUAACAUGUUUCGUUCCUAGUAGCGCCAGGUGUAAACAAAGUGCUUGUCUGGGAGAGCGAGCUUGGCUGUACACCAUUUCUUUUUCUGAUGGGGAAGUAUUUUUGAUGUUUUUACUAAUCUAGCAUAAGAAGUGUUCCUUUUACUUCGUGUCUGGUAUUAUUCAUCAAUGACUUUAUAUUCAGCUUUGUAAAUUUUCCUGUACU